UAGCGUUUUUCUUACAAAUGCAAACCGUAUGCACUCGUUUGUAUAGCCUGUUUUCAUCUACGUUUAUUGUUUUGUUAUAUAUGUGACUUUCAUAUGUUAAGGAAAUAUUGUUUUUCUUAAUAUCUAAAAAGUUUACUGUUAUAUUAUUGUGCCGUUGCACGACAAAAUGGUGUUGUGGGGUAUCUAGGCAAGAGGAGAAUAUUUGCAAAGUUCCACUUUAAAGGACUGAAUCUAAUAAUGGCAACGGUGGAAUACGAUCUUGAUACUUCUGGAGGAUUAAUGGAGCAAAUUCAAAAGCUUGUUGCUCCUCCAGUAAGUGAUGAAGUACUGCGCCGACAGAGAAGAAAAGAAAGGGAGAGUAGAAGACAGGGUCGGGCUGUAAAUCAUGAUAGUUGUGACAGUUGUAAGGAAGGAGGAGAUUUACUCUGUUGUGAUUGGUGCCCAGCAGCUUUUCAUUUACAGUGCCAUGAUCCUCCAUUAGAAGAGGAUGAUGUACCGCCUGGUGAAUGGCGAUGUCAUCGUUGUAAGGUCUCUCCACCCAAGGCAGAGCCAUCUAAAGAUAAAGAAAAAGAUGAUGAUGCCUCUUCAACCAAAAGCAAUAGCAGCAAUACAAGUCGGAAAUCCCGACCACAGCCACCCAUCCCUAUCAUUGAGGAGAUUUUAGUUGAUACACCCACUACAGAACAUUUAACUCCUUUACAAAAGUUGGCCAGAGCUGCCCAGUUGAUGAACCCAGUCCAGUUUGAUUUACCCAGAGACAUAGCUUGCACUACACCACUGCCUGGAUCAAGUAAAAGGAAAUGGUGGGGCAGAGAUAGGAACCCGAAUAAGAAGUUUGCUCAUGAAUUAGAUAAUGGGUUAGUUCCUCUGCCAGCAAAGCUAUGCUUUUACUGCAGCAAGAGCUGUCGUGUAGGGGCCCUCGUACAGUGUGAUUACUGCCCCUUACUGUAUCAUCUAGACUGCCUUAAUCCUCCACUAGCUUCUCCACCUACCAAUCGAUGGAUGUGUCCAAACCAUCCAGAAAAUGUUAUUGAUGAACAUCUGUUGAAAAGUGUUGGCCUAACUGAGCGUAUAAAAUUAUGGAACAAGUUCAAUAACCGCAUUAGUCAGCAUACCGUCAAACUCAACUUUCUUAACAAGAUCCACAGAGAGAGUCCACCUUUUAGGAUCAAAGUCAAACAUCCGAGGCGCAAAUCAUUAGCGAUUCCAGAAGCAAUCAAACUUCAUUAUCAAAACCCUUCACCCUUACUUCCUUGUGUUACGGAUCCUGACACGACAGCAGUAGUGGAAACUGACGAGAAGACAGUCCCUGACACUACACUGGAAGAUCAGGAAGAGUGGUUGUCUGCAGUUGUUUCAUUACAAACCAGUAUAGCCAGACAUUUAGCUCAAAAACAGAUACAAAAGUCCUCAUCAGAAUCUGGAAAAUCAGAGCAGAGUGUUAAAACGGAGAAACCUACAGCCUCAGUGCAACCUGUGAUCCAGGGUAGUGACUCGCAGCCCAGUGAAGGGGGCUUGUGUGAUUCUAAAGUGACUAAUAUGGAGGUGGAUAAACCCCUUAAUGGUCCUCUCUCAGACCCUAUUUCAAAUGGACCUUUGGAAGGAAAUCGAGGGGGUGCAAUAUCUUUAUUGCAUCCCCCAGGUCCCUCAUCACAAAGUUCUAUGAAUGGGGAAUUGGGGGAAUCUAGUAAAAGUAAAUCAGAGACUGUUUUAAUCAAAUCCAGGAGUAAAAGUGUUGAUGGAUCUCCAGCCAACAUAGUGAGGGUUAACUGGGCAUCCAUGGACAAACAGACCACCUCAGGGGCAUCUACUUCAACUACACCAUCUGGUAAAAACAUUGUCAUUAGUGCUAUCAAUAAAGCUAACAAUACUGUAGUCACAAAAGUGUUAGGUCCGACUCAGGGCAACAAACUCCUAGCAAACAACGUGGCAGCUAACAGUGGCAGCAGCUCAACAUCAAUCCUGUCUCCGCGCGUGUCUGGACAGUCAGCAAUUAAAGUGGCCAGUGUACAGGGCAGGACAAACACUGUAGGCUCAACAGCCAAGGUCAUCACUGUCUCCACACCAACUACUGGUAAAAGUGGAGCCUCAUCCAAUAGCAAUAUUACGAUCUCAGGUGGCAAACCAUCUUCCACUACUGGCAGCCAGAACUCAUCCAAUGCCAUAGUCUCCCUAAAUAACUCACUCCAACAAUGUCUAGAGGGAACAGGUGAUAUAGAACUGAGUAAGUUGGAUGAAAAACUGAUUCAAAUCCUGGCCUGGCAAAGACUUCAGCAAUUGUUACCAUCCAAAUCCAGUUCCCCACAGACCCCAAACAAGAAGGGAGUGUUAAAUGGACUGCUAAAUCAAGCAGGUAGCACUGAGGUGAAAGCCCGAGCCGUCCUUUGUCCUCUAACCAGCAAAGGCCAGCCGAUAUCCAUGUGUUACAGGACCCUCAAUAUCGGAACAGGUGCGGACAUGGAUGUGUGUUUGACCCAGUUUGGACACUGCAAUUAUAUUUCUCCCAAACAUGCAUAUGUGUUUUAUGAUGAGACAACCAAACACUAUGAGCUUUUGAACUACAGUGAGCAUGGAACAACGGUGGACAACGUCCUAUACUCGUGUGACUUCAGUGACAAGCCUUCGUCAACACCACAGCCCACGUCUGUUGUCGCAGCUGUCCGCAAAAUCAUAAAGAAUAAGAAAGUGGAGAAAGCAAAAGAUGACGAGGCAAAGGAAGAGAAACGCUUGACAAUGAGUGGCAAAGCUAAUGAGAACAAGAAGCCUUGUAAUUGUAAGGCCAGUAGCUCAAGUUUGAUUGGAGGGAGUGGUGCAGGAUGGGAAGGAACAGCACUGUUGCAUCAUGGGAGCUACAUCAAAGUUGGUUGUCUUCAAUUUGUGUUUAGCAUUGUGGACCAUGCAACUAAUUCUUUAGGACAGGAAAGAAAGAAAGAACCUAUGUCAUUACUUAAAUCAACUCUCAGAGGUUCAGUCCCAUAGAUUUCAUAUUGUCAUUAUUUAGGAGAUUUUUUUUAUAAAUUGUAAUUAGCUCAAACUUGAGUAUUAAAUUAAUGAGGAGUUUAUAGGUAUUAUUUAAAGAGGUAUUUAGAUUUAUAAAGAAAAGGAGGUUGUAUUUUAUUGGUGGAUUUUUUUCUUCUUCUAAGAGCUUUGUCCAGAAUUGGGCCAGUACUUGAAUUUGUAAAGAGAAACAUCAGUGUUGUCAUGACUUCCUAUGGAAAUGUACGUCAACAAUCUUUAGCUAUUCUGUCUAUGGGUUGUUUUUAAUCUUUUGUAAGGAGUUACCUAUGGAAUUUUAAAAAUAAUGUUUUCCUUGAGUACCUAUCCCAGUAAGACAAAGUUAACUACAUACAUGUGUGAGUGCUCGACAGAUCUGAUUCUUCCCUAACCUAGAAUGUUCAGGGCUGAUCAGGUAUUGACUACUUAUAAUUUCUGUUCAAGGAUCGGUAUUGAGUACUGUUAAAUCACUCCUAUCCAUUGGUUGGUAUUUUUACACUUUUAUCCAUGGUCUUCAAAGAAAAUCGUGUCUGUUUAAAUUCAGUUCAUUUAAAACGAUGGGAAUAAAAGAAAUAUAUACAGCAAGCUCUAUAUGAAAAAUAAACAGAUGUGAAUAAAGCAGUCUCAAGCAAUUUAAAGCCUGAUGGUUUUUUGUUAACUACAAACUGUUGAAGACAAUUUCAAUCCGAAUCAUUCUUUACAAAAGCCAAAUAAGAAACAGAUAUUUAACUCUAUGCAUAUAUUUUUGCAUUCCAUAUGAUAUGACAUGGACCCUCUUGUAACAUUCAGCACUGAUUUUUCACUAGAAAACACCUUGUGUAAUGGGUAAUUACAGAAUUUGGGGUGGACAAAUGUCAUGUCAUAUUUCUACCUUAUGUUUCUCUAAACUAUGUGACUGGGUAAACUCUCCCUCAUCUUUAUGAAUUUAAUAACUUUCAGUCUUAUUUUCUUGUAUUAAAACUGAAAAGACAGUUUAACCACAGUAGUUCUAGAUAUUCAUUAUGAAAUCUCCUGUGCUCAAGGUUUUGUAUCACAUUUAAAGAUUUAUACCUUCAGAUAAAGUCCUCGUGUAAAGUGUAGAAGCUCAUUAUAACACGUUAAAAUACUACCCCCCCCCCCUUUCCCAUUCUCCACCAGCCAGCAUUUUAUAGGGCAGCUGAAUGUUCUCUUUACCCCCCUCAAUGUAAAUAUCAUCAGAAAUGGUUCACUCAGGGUUGUCAUCAAAUCCACAGGAUCCAGGAAAAAAUGCAACUUUUUAUAGAAUUUAAUUCCAUUGUAUGUGAAGGAAUAUUUCUUUUGUCAAGCUAAUUCUGAUUUUAAGGAAUCUUUUGCAGCAAUCAAUCAUGAUAUAUCUGAACUUAAGUAAUUAUUUGAUAAGAAACUACAUGUAUAUGGAAGUGAGAUCCUUAUUUUGCAAAAUAAAACAGCAAAUUCAAGGAUUUUGUAUAUUUCAUAAUCGAAAAAAAUGUAAGCCACUUGUUGGAUAAAACUAUUUGUCAUCCUGAUUUCAAUAAUAAAGGGUAGCAAAGUCCUCAAUUUCUUUAUUUUCAAUAAUUAAGGGUAUUUAUGGAGGUAAAACAAAGUUUGGUAUUUGUCGCCAUCUGAAGACAGAUUAUUAAACUAUUAAAACUCGACAUUAUUGUGACAACAAUAGCAAAGUCCUCAAUUUCUUUAUAUAUAAGGUGUACAAUUGUCAUGUUUAAAACAUGUAUCUUCACUGUGUAUAUUGAUAGUGAAAAAAAGAAACCAGAGAUUUUAAAGAAUGAAAAGACUGGUAAUGUGAACAAGUUUGACUUGUGAAAGGAGUUGUGCAACUGCUGAAAAAUCAACCCGAAAGCUUUAAUGUUAUAUGACCCUCAUCUUUGAAUCCCAAGUUAGAUAUUCUAUAUAUAUCCUAUGUUUAUGAUUGUUUUUACACAUUGUUUUUGAAUUUAAUUAGGAUUAUUUAUUGUCAUUUAUACAAUGCAUUGUUUUGUUAUGAUAUUUGCAUUUAGUGCAAGUAUAUGUAGAGGAAAAUGAUAUUUUUAAAUUGUCAAAAACUGUACAUAAUAAAAUAAGUCUUAGAAAUGACAUUAUUUUAACCACACUGUAAAAAUUAGCAUGUACAUUUCAACCAGACAUAUUGUGUACAUACAUGUACUUUGCCUAAAAUAUUUAUGCAUGAAGCAAAAUCAUGUCUUCGUAAAUAUUGCGCAGAAAAUUCUGUUACAAAUUUUUAGUCAUUAAGCAUAUUUUAGAAGGUAACCCUGGUUACAAUAAAAUUGUGUCAAUUGGA